AACCGUCGAACAGUCUACAGCCUAGAGUGGUACGGAACGUGUGAGCUAGUGAUCAAUAGACACCCCUCGAUAUAAACGGGAUCAGUUCUCGCCCAGUUCUCGAAUCGCGGCCCAAAAAGACCUGGGAUACGGAUUUUCACUCCCGUCCAUCGAAGGAUAAACGCAGCAGCAUGAAGUUGAUGCGCACAGCGACAUCGCUGGCUUUGGUCCUGCUCCUGGCCACCAGUUACGUUCGGGCCGAGGAAGAGAAGGCCGCCGCUCCCGCUGAGGAGAAGAAGGCCGAGCCGGAGGCCAAGGCUGCCGAGGCUCCAGCGGCCAGCGAGGACACCACCAAGUCGAAGCGAGGACUGCACCACUACGAGGACUACCACCACCACCAUGUGCCCCACUUCCCAGUGCACGAGGAGAAGACACUGACCGUAAUCAAGAAGGUGCCAGUGCCCGUGCCCAUCGAGAAGAUCGUCCAUGUGCCGGUGGAGAAGCACGUCCAUGUGCCCGUGAAAGUCAAGGUGCCCAAGCCCUAUCCGGUGAUCAAGCACAUUCCCUACGAGGUCAAGGAGAUCGUGAAGGUUCCCUACGAGGUGCCAGCUCCCUAUCCAGUGGAGAAACAAGUCCAUGUGCCAGUCCAUGUGCAUUACGAUCGCCCAGUGCCAGUUAAGGUUCAUGUGCCCGCUCCUUAUCCCGUUGAAAAGAAGGUUCAUGUCCCUGUGAAGGUUCAUGUCCCUGCUCCUUAUCCCGUUGAGAAGGUUGUCCAUUACAAUGUGGAGAAGCACGUGCAUGUGGAUAAGCCAUAUCCCGUUGAGAAAGUGGUCCACUACCCCGUGAAGGUUCCCGUCGACAAGCCAGUGCCCCACUACAUUGACAAGCCAGUGCCCCACUAUGUGGACAAACCAGUGCCAGUGCCCGUUAUCAAGAAGGUUCCGGUGCCCGUCCAUGUGCCCUACGAUCGUCCCGUUCCCGUUCACGUUGAGAAGCCAGUGCCCUAUGAGGUCAAGGUUCAUGUGCCCGCCCCAUAUCCAGUGAUCAAGGAAGUGCCCGUCAAGGUGGAGAAACACGUUCCGUACCCCGUGAAGAUCCCCGUGGAGAAGCCCGUUCAUGUUCACAUCGAGAAGCACGUGCCGGAGUACCAUGAGAAGCACAUCACCUACAAGGAGCCCGAGUUCCACCACAAGCACAUCGAGGAGGAGGACCACCACCACGCCCCCAUCCAUCACCAUUCGCACCAUUCGCAUCCCAUCGUGGAGCAUGAGCACGAGGUGGAGCAUGAUUUUGCCUCUCAUGAUUAUCAUUCAUAUCACGGCUACUAAACUGGUUCACCGUCCUUUUCUCUCUUUCUCCCCCCCACUUUCUUCUUUCGCUUUUCUUUGCAGCAUUGAGAAUGAACUGGGAUGGCAAGCUAAGACUCUUCCAUUUCCACUAUUUCCCAAAGUGACAAAAAAAACUGAAACCGAAAACCAUACAACCCGCAACACAUCACAUCAUUCCAAAAACCAUAUCAUACAAUCCUAACUCUUUCCCGACAAAAAACAAAAAAAAAAGAAACACACUUUGCUAUGCAGAACGUGAUAACCGACAGAGAUUCAGAGAAAAACCAGACAAGUAAUAGACGAACUUAGCUUUUAGACCGAACUCUCUUCUAGCCGUAAGCCAUAUAAAACAAAAUGAAAAAAAAGAAAGAAAAGAAAAAAACGAUAUGAAAAAGAAACACACAAAAGGAUACCUUAAAACGUUGACGAAAAACCCGUGAAGCACUGUGAAUGAGUGGAUUGUAAAAGGAACUUUAGUUUAAGACUUCUAAGCGACACAUUUGGGUUGCACAGCCCACACAACAACAAGAAAGAACAUCAACUUAAAGAUCAAGAUCUAAAAACAACAAAACCCACUUCCCGACCCUCCAAAAGACACACAGACAGUUGCCAAGAACCAGGAAUUGAAGGAUUUCAAGGAUUCUGUAGUGGACAACUCUGUUUGGAAGGAAGGAAGCGACACCACCUGGGUGCAUCAUCGAUGUGGUUGCUGCUGCUGUUUUGUCCUCCAGCCGCGGCUCCUCCCUCUUCUGCUCUGGUCCACCCCGACUCGUGCACCCGGUCAGGUUCAUAAGUGAGAUCGAUCCAUCCCCAUUUCAUCCGAAGAUCGAAGAUACGGAUUUGGAUAUGGAAUAGGGAUAUAUCCAUCCAGUUGUGUGCAGCGUCCCAGCGUUGUGAGCGUGUGAUAAGACUACUGAUAGUGUUUAAGCUUGUGCGAUAUUCGAGAUAUAGGGGAGACGCCUAUUUAAGUCAGUUUGUAAACGAACGUAUUGUAUUAGUUUUUUGUAAUAUUCUUCGCUACCUAGUUGUUAGUAUGUCUAUGUAAUUUGCCUGUUCGCAGCAAGCAGACGAAACGGAUUUAUAAAAAGUACUUCAUUUACCAAAUAUCUUUUGACUCUGUAUAAAAGCAAACACACAAACAAAAUCUCAUACAAAAUGAAGCUGAUGAAUGAUACACAAUUAAAUAAAUGAAAAACCAAGUGAUCAAAACGAAAA